AUGGCAUCAACCACAGGAAACUCGGGCUGGGCCCAACUCCGCCAACAGGCUCGAAGUCUAGAAACUCAGACGGAGACGCUAUUCCAAACGUACUCGCAGUUCUCGCAAGCGCCGAACAUACCGGCGAAGCCGACGGAGGAGGAAAAGGCCACAGAAUCAAAACUAGAAGAACUCUUGGAGAAGCGAGAGAAUGUAGUAGGCAAACUCGGCCGCCUCCUCGACUCCGAAACAACCCUCACCUCCUCCGCCCUAAAACAAAACAACCUCUCCCUCCUCCGCGAAAAGCUCGUCGAACACCGUCGCGACCUCACCCGCCUCCGCAACUCCCUCCAGACUGCGCGCGACCGCGCCAACCUCCUCUCCAACAUCCACAACGAUAUCGACGAGUUCCGCGCGAGCAACCCGGCGGCCGCCGAGGCUGAGUACAUGCUUGCCGAGCGGGACAGGAUCGAUAAUAGCCAUGCGAUGGCUGAUAGUGUCCUGAGUCAGGCGUACGCGGUUAACGAGAACUUUAUGGUGCAGAGGGAGACGCUAGCGAAUAUCAAUAGGAGGAUCACGUCGGCGGCGGGGAAGGUGCCUGGGUUGAAUGCGCUUAUUGGGAAGAUUUCGGCGAAGAAGAGGAGGGAUGGGAUUAUUAUGGGGGCGUUUAUUGCCUUUUGCUUUUUGACUUUUUGGUGGUUCCUAUGA